AUGUUCUAUAUUUUAGUUAAUGAAAAUACAGAAAUAACGGAAGAAAUGAACAGCAUGGAACAAAAGCCGAUACUUUCUGAUAACAUUAACAAGAUAAUAUUGUCAAAUAUACAAAUUAAAUAUUCCGAUGAAUAUUUUCGAGCCGCAAAUAUUGAAGCCAAUUUGAAUGAUAUAAACUUAGAAGAACAGCAUUCAACUGAACAAGACAGUGGUAAAAUGAAGAACAUUGAAGUGAAAAAUGAAGUGGUUGAAGAGCCAUAUACGUGUAAUGUUUGCGGAAAGAGUUUUAAAAAGUUCAGGAGUUUGAAUAGACAUAAUAGAAUACAUACCGGUGAAAAUCUCUAUUCAUGUAGUAUAUGUCCUAAGCGUUUUAGUGAUUCAAGUCAUUUGAAGAUGCAUACUAGAAUACAUACUGGUGAAAAACCGUAUUCGUGUAAUGUAUGUGGUAAAAGUUUUAAUCGAUCUUCCAAUUUAAAAGCACAUUAUAUUUCACAUUCUAAUGAGAGACCAUAUUCGUGUAAUGUUUGUGGGAAAAGUUUCAAUCGACCUCAUCAUUUGAAAACACAUUAUUUUUCACAUACUCAUGAAAGACCAUAUCCUUGUAAUAUUUGUGGUAAAAGUUUCAAUAGAUCUCAUCAUUUGAAAACACAUCAUAUUUCACAUACUCAUGAAAAGCCGUAUCCAUGUAAGAUAUGUGAUGAAAGAUUCAGUGAUAUUGGUAGUUUGAAGUCACAUUAUAAAAAUCAUACCGGUGAAAAGCCUCACACCUGUCAUGUUUGUGAUAAGAGUUUUGUGGAUUUACGUCAAUUGAGUGCACAUAGUAAAAUACAUAGUGGUGAAAAAAGAUAUUCAUGUAAUUUAUGUAGUAAGAGUUUUUAUGAAAAUAGGUCUCUGAUAAAACAUGAAAAAACACAUACUGGUGUAAAGCCGUAUUCCUGUGGUGUGUGUGGAAAGAACUUUAGUGAGGCUGGUUCUUUGAAGACACAUAACAAAAUUCAUACUGGUGAAAAACCGUAUUCAUGUAGUAUUUGUAGUAAAAGGUUCUACGAAUCUGGUAGUUUGACAAUACAUGAAAGAAUGCAUACUGGUGAAAAGCCGUAUUCUUGUGGUGUAUGUGGAAAGUGUUUCAGUAAGUCUGGUGCUUUGAAGGUACAUACCAGAAUUCAUACUGGUGAAAGGCCAUAUUCAUGUGGUGUGUGUGGCAAGAGUUUCAUUGAGUCUGGUGCUUUGAAGACACAUAAAAGAAUUCAUACCGGUGAAAAGCCGUUUACAUGUAAUAUAUGCAGCAAGAGUUUUAAUCAGUCUGCUACUUUGAAAAAGCAUCAUAAAUUACAUUCGGACAAAGAAACUCCGGUCAUUUAAUAUAUUGUGAUAGUUUAUAAUAAUAAUCAUAAGAGUUUUAAUUAUUUUGGUUAUUUGAAAGUACAUAAGUACAUAUCGAGGAUAGACUUAUUUAUUUAUUAGCAAAUUUUGGUUAAUAAGCAGAAAUUUAGUAAACGAAAAAAUCUAACCUUUACAAAUUUAUAAUAGAAUUUGUAAAUGUUAGAACUAAAUUGUUUUCUAUUUUUAUUUAUUAAUCGUUCAUUUCAGGCAUUUGAUAAAAUAUAAAUCAUUUAUAUUUUUGCCUUUUAUAUACCAUUAUUUAUUUAGUAGU